AUGGAGGAUGAGGGGAGGUCGCUGGCGGAAACGCCGACGUGGUCGGUGGCAACGGUCACCACGCUCAUGGUCGCCGCGUGCUUCCUCCUCGAGCGAGCGUUGUCACGCCUAGCCAAGUGGCUCCGGAAGACGAAGCGGAAGGCCAUGCUCGCCGCGCUCGAGAAGAUCCGCGAAGAGAUGAUGCUGCUCGGCGUGAUCUCGCUGCUGCUUAGCCAGACGGCCAGGUGGAUAUCGGAGAUCUGCGUGCCAUCAACGCUCUUCACCAAGAGGUUCUACAUGUGCACGGAGAACGAUUUCGGCGACCUAGUGCAACAAGGGGAAAGCACCGCUAACCACACCCACAUUGCUAGAAUCCUAUCUGGCAGCCCAUCGGCUGAUACCUGCAGUGAGGGCCAUGAACCUUUUGUUUCCUAUGAGGGUCUUGAGCAGCUGCAUCGUUUUCUGUUUAUUCUUGGGUUCACUCAUGUGCUCUACAGUUUUGUGACAGUGGUUCUGUCGAUGAUUAAGAUAUAUAGCUGGAGGAAGUGGGAAACCCAAGCAUGUACACUCUCCAGGGAGCAGUUGCAACCUAAGAGAAAGAUUAUGCGGAGGCAAUCGACCUUUGUCUUUCAUCAUGCAUCUCACCCAUGGAGCAAAAGUAAAAUACUUCUAUGGAUGCUGUGCUUUCUGCGCCAAUUCAAGGGUUCUAUUAAAAAAUCAGAUUAUAUGGCAUUAAGAUUGGGCUUUAUUACAUAUCAUAAGUUGCCGACUUCAUACGACUUCCACAAAUACAUGGUACGGAGCAUGGAAGAUGAUUACAAUGGAAGUGUUGGUAUCAGUUGGCCACUUUGGGCGUAUGCCAUAAUUUGCAUAUUUGUCAAUGUUCAUGGUCUUAAUAUAUAUUUCUGGCUAUCAUUUGUCCCUGUUAUUCUCGUCCUGCUUGUGGGCACUGAGCUGCAGCAUGUUGUCGCUCAGUUGGCGCUGGAGGUUGUUGAGGCAACAGCCACAAAUGUUGGGACACAACUGAAACUGCGCGAUGAUCUCUUCUGGUUUGGAAAACCUCGGGUCCUGUGGUGGCUUAUACAAUUCAUAUCAUUUCAGAAUGCGUUUGAGAUGGCGACAUUCUUAUGGUUUCUGUGGGAACUGAGUGCGAAUUCUUGCUUCAUGAAGAACCAAUACAUGGUUGUUAUUCGCUUGGUUUCUGGGCUGCUAGUUCAGGUCUGGUGCAGCUACAGCACGCUGCCCCUUAACGUGAUUAUUUCCCAGAUGGGAUCCAAGUUCAAGAAGUCACUAGUCUCCGAGGGCGUCAGGGACUCCCUGCACAGCUGGUGCAAGAGGAUCAAAGACAGGAGGCACAACCCGCUCUUCUCGCGGAACGGGACGCUCACAUCGAGGUCGGUCUGCUCCCUUGACACAACCAUCUACGAGGAGACCGACCACGAGACCAACACAGUGUGCACGCUGUCGAGGACCGUCUCGGCGUCGUCCCUGGACGAGGAGCUGACCGUUGUCACUGUCGACGACGAGGACAUCGCUCACAUAGAGCAAGAUACUAGUCUGCAUCGCGGCUAGAACGGAGAGUGCCCAUUCCUGCCUACGCUCUGUAGUAACUGCACAAGAUAACCUGCCGAUUACACGGUAUACAUAUGUAUCAAGUGAUUGCUCCUCAUGGCAAUCAUGGAAUUACUCUGUGCAAAGUGAAAAAA